AUGGUAUGGACAGUGUCUGGCGUGUGCAGGCUGCUAUCAUCUGUGAUGUCUGGAACAGAGUCUCAUACAGACAGAGAGGAGGACUACAGGUUCCUCCACAGCAUGUUGAUGGAGAAGAAGCUUCACCUGCUCUUCAAGAUCCACGAGCGUCUGAAGCGUUUUGAGAAGCGAAGCCCCAUCCCCGUCCAAGAGCACGCGGCGAGUCUGGCCACAGAUUUGGCGGAGGAGCUGAUAUACCAAGGCUGGAGAGAUGAAGUUAAAGAACUGCUUGCCCUCUUUUCCAAACCCUACUUUAAGAGUCUCCUGUCUGUCCAUGACGCAGUCGCUCAGAGAGACUUCGAGCCUACACUGCCGCCAAUACCUGAUGAAGUACUGGAGGAGGACGAGGAUUCAGUCAAAAUUGUCAGUCUGGUCAAAACCAAAGAGCCCCUGGGGGCAACAAUUAAGAGGGAUAAAUCCAGUGGGGCUAUUGUUGUGGCGAGGAUCAUGAGAGGAGGUGCAGCUGAUAAAAGCGGCCUGAUCCAUGAAGGAGAUGAGCUGAAAGAGGUGAAUGGAGUCUCACUGGAGCACAGGAAGCCAAAGGAAAUCCUUUCUUUUCUGGCUCGUUCUCAGGGGGAAGUUACAUUCAAAAUCAUUCCUGCUUCCUCCAAGGAAGAAAUGUCCAAUCGAAUUGAAUCGAAUGAAAAGAAGUUGUUUUUGCGGGCUCUUUUUGACUAUGAUCCUAACAAGGAUCCCACCGUUCCAUGCAAGGAUGCAGCAGUAGCCUUUAAAAGGGGCGACGUCCUCCAGAUUGUCAGCAUGGAGGAUGACACCUGGUGGCAGGCCCGUCACCUCGGGGACUGCAACACCAGGGCAGGGCUCAUCCCCUCGCAGCAGCUCCAUGAGAGGAGAGUUGCACUACAGCGACCUAAAAUCCUGUUCAAACCUCAGCGAGUCAAACCACCAGUCAUGGAGGAUGUAGACUACGGAGCUAUAACAGGGAUCCACAUUGCUGGUUUAAGAAGGAGUUUCCGACUCGGGAGAAAGAGCAGUCUGGCCAGAGAAGCUGCUCGGUCCAGAAGGUGGAGCACAGUGGUACACGGCUCAAUACGGCCCCAUACCUACAUUGAGGUGAUCCCCUACCACAGAGAACCCAAGGGGCAACACCGUCUGGUCAUUCUGGUUGGACCCAGCGGCGUUGGCGUUAAUGAACUGAAGAGGAGGCUCCUGAUAUCUGACCCUGACCACUAUGGCGUCACUGUACCGUACACCACACGUGAGAAAAGGAGGCAGGAGAAGGAAGGGGUGGAUUAUCAUUUUGUAUCACUUCAAAUGUUUGAAGAGGACAUUCUCAAUCAUAGGUUUAUAGAAUAUGGGAGAUAUGGUGGACACUACUAUGGAACAAGUCUACACUCUGUGCACAGAGUGAUGGCUGAGGGCAAGGUGUGCCUCUUGGAUGUGCACCCUACUAAAAUACAGCAUGUGUACACAUCUGAGUUCAAACCUUACGUGGUGUUUGUGAAGCCCCCGCAUAUUGAGGAGCUACGCCUCACUAGACGAAAAGCUAAAUUCAUCUGCGAUGAAGAGAACAAGAACUCAGUCAAGAUCUUUUCAGAGGAGGAUUUUGAGGACAUGAUUAACUUGGCUGAAAGCAUGGAGAGCCAGUACGGUCACUUGUUUGACAAGGUGAUCGUUAAUGGAGACAUCGCUGUGGCAUUCAGAGAGCUGAAGGACGACCUCAAGAAGAUAGAAGAGGCAGAAGUCCAGUGGAUUCCUGCAGAGUGGAUCUGCUCCUCACCAACAAAAGCACGGAGAAGUUGUGGUCAUUUGGACAGCUGGAUUUGAACUUUGAACUCACAAAGAAACAAAGAAAGAAACAUCCAUUCUUAAUUGCAUGUAUAAUAUAAAGUUUAAAUUAUUGUCAUAUUUUAAAUAUUUUUUCCAUUUGUGAACAAUUCCUGUGAUUACCACAGCUUUCCAUACUGUCCCUUAGUGUGUAUCUAAUCUGUCCCCCUCUCUCUCCCUCCAUCUGUGUCAGAGCCAGUUUUUUUGUUGGCAUUUGGCUGAAGUAACGUUGACUUACAGGAUGGAGAGGAAGCAGAAAAAAAGGAACCUCUCCAGAGCUUGUGGCUGAGUGUAAUCCUUCCCUGCCAAGUCGCAAACAUCAGCAUGUAAUUAUUCUGACAGCUGCUGCACUUCAAUUAACUGUAAUGUACACCAGAGAAAUAUUAUUAGUAGCAGGCAGGGGGGCAUUUUGCCAACAAAAUGCUGUACAAAAUAGGGACAAAACAAGAUAACAAUCAAUUAGACUAUAGAUAAUUCUGUUUCAGAAUUGUACUAGAGAAGUUGAUGUUUUACCCAAUUAGAAUUAUUGUAAUAGACAUUUUAGUAUUAGCUGUUGAAUAUGUAAGGAUUGAAUUUUUGUAUUUGUCUGCACCCUACACUGAAAACUUUCUCCAUUAUGGAACUUUAAAUGUGAAGAGGUCUUUUUUUUUAAUACAAAAACAUAUUGAGACAAUUAAAAGUAAUUGGCAGAUCCUCACCAUUAGUGACACUCCAUUAACAAAUACUCAUAUUUGAGCAUCACAUCUUCCUGUCGGGUACGAGUCUACCGUUCUUGACACAAGCUGCUUAAUGUAAGUCCUUUUACAUUCACGCUGUUUCCUUAGUCUUUUUUGGACACUGUGCUCAAUUGGGUGUGAAGGAGUGUUAAUGUGUCUAUCAUGUCGUGUUUGAGAGGAAGAGGGAGCUGUAUGAUGUGGAGAGACGGUAAUGGCUUUCAAGGGACUUGGGCCUUCGCAGACGUACAGAGAGAAAGUUAUGACCGCACAUAAAAGCCUACUGUAAAAGCACGAUAUGGCUCUGUAUAGUGGAUUAGGCUGCCAUUUUGUCUCAGGUAUUAUAUUUUUACUUUGGCAGGCUUAUUGUCAGUGUCAAACACAACUGAGUACACAAAGAAGACGGUGCAAAUGGAUGAGUGGAGAUGCAACCACUGACGUGUCUACAUGUCUCCUGGUCACCAAAAUGUACAAACCAGACUGUCAGGACAACAGUCGCACUAGGCCUGAAGCCCAACCUCAGCCAAAGCGUGGCAGUAUAAUUUCAUCACACCACUGAGAAUCUGCAGACACCCUCUGAGAUCAUAACGAUGCCAUUUAAGACACUGGAGUGAUCCAAUGAAAACCCACCGUUUUAUGUUCACUGCAGCUCCCACUUCAAACAUUACACAGAAGUAUGAUGUCAAUUGGUCUCGCAUAAUUUGGCUCAAUCUAUUUGAAGUAUGUAAAAAUAAAUACGACUGAUGU